GGCAAAAUCACUUCCAAAACCGAUCCAUUCCUAAAAUGUCAGAAUUGUCAUUCUCGUAUUUCGUUUCGCCAUAUUGGAGUACUAAGCGGAAUAUUUAGGCGUGAAAAAUUUUGUAUUUGUAGUGAAAAAUAAGAAUACUUUGUUUCGGUAUAGUUCAACAAUUGACAAUUCUAUAAAAAUUUCUUGCAUUAUUUGUAAAACAAGUGAAAACCGUUGUUUUGUUUUGUGUUUGAUUACGGACUGUUAAAAAUGGCGUGUGCAACUUUGAAGAGAACGUUGGAUUGGGACCCCGUUUUAGGCGGCAGACCAUCAAAACGCCGACGAUGCGCACCUUUCUGCACAAGCCCUACACAGCGGGAGAAAGUGUCACCUACUCCUUCGUCGAGUCCCGUGGUUGCUUCUCCAUCGACCAGUUCCGUUUUCCCUGACGUAAUUAACAAAAAGUUGACUCCAGAAUAUAUGGCUGAAAACAUAAAAGCCGAAUUGAAGCGACUGCAGAGGCGUAAACAGCUUUUGCACGGCGUGGCAGAUAACUCGGAUAAUAGUUCACCCGAUGCCGUUGGUGAUUCAAGUCCAUCAAGAUUGGAUAAACCACUGUUUACUUUUAAGCAGGUAAAAGUAAUUUGCGAAAGGAUGCUCAAGGAACGAGAGACGGAAAUACGGGAAGAAUAUGACAGUGUAUUGACAGCCAAACUUGCAGAACAAUAUGAUGCCUUUGUCAAAUUCACCUUUGAUCAAAUCCAUAAAAAUUUCAGCAAUCAAACUACGCCCAGCUAUCUAUCAUAAAUGGAAAAAAUGGGUAAGCAUUUUCCUGUUUUGUAUCACUAAGAAUAUAUACAGGCGUUUAUAUAAACAAACAAAGAAAUAAACUACUGAAGAAGCAGUCGCAUUUCAUGAUGCCUUAGAAUGUAAUACUACUCAUUAUCGGCGUUUUGUAUAUAAAAAACGUUUACUAUCUUUUACUUUGUAUUUUUCACGGAAUUGACUUAUAAUAUAUUUGUUAUAUUGUGUAAAUAUGGUUUCUUAUUGUGUUGUGUUACCGAUUGCAUGGGUUGUGUCCAUGUAAAGCUCUGUCUAGAGAUUCUGUACAAGGUAUUUAACAAAUAGAGGGACAAAAAAGUUAUACAAGGUGAUUUUGAAAUGAAAAACAGCAGAGUGC